AUGGCUCCGAAGAAAGUGGAACCAAAGAAGACAGAGGUGAAGAAGGUGGAGGCAAAGAAGGAGGAACCGGCUCCACCUCCCAAACCCGUGGAGCCAGAGCCCAAACUUCCCGAGGUGGACCUGAAGAGCAUCGUGGUGGAGUUCACCCCCGAUCAGAUCGAGGAGUUCAGAGACGCCUUCACACUGUUCGAUGAGACACCUGCAGGCGAGAUGAAGAUCACCUACGCUCAGUGUGGAGACGUGAUGAGAGCGUUGGGCCACAACCCCACCAACGAGGAGGUGCUGAAGCUCCUGGGGAGGCCGAAGGCGGAGGAGAUGCACGUCAACCUGCUGGACUUUGACACCUUCCUGCCGAUGCUGCAACACGUGGCCAAGUCCAAGGAGCAGGGCACCUUUGAGGACUUCGUGGAGGGUCUGAGGGUAUUCGACAAGGAAGGCAACGGCACGGUGAUGGGGGCAGAGCUCCGCCACGUCCUCUCCACACUGGGAGAGAAGAUGACAGAGAACGAGGUGGACCGGCUGAUGGUGGGACAGGAGGAUGCGAACGGACACAUCAACUACACCGAGUUUGUCAAACACAUCCUGGCCGGGUAG